UCACGGAUAAUAUCAGUCCUUGGAUGUCUGUCACUGGGUGAAGAGUUCGAGUUAUAAAAAGAUUUUUGACAAAUCUUAUCACAAAAGACAAGAUAUUUAACACUAAACGUUAUCUUUCAAACUUUUUGUGUAUUUUAAAAUAUUAGUGCGAAAAAUCAAUGUGAUAUAAUUAUAUAUAAUUACUGCUUCCUUAGAAAGUAAAUUACAAAAAGUGUUUCAGCAAAAGUUAAACUAAAAACAAGUCAAAAAUGGAAAACUGUUUAGCACAGAUGAGUUGUGGUAUAACUGGUGGUGGAACAGCAAGUUUACUUUUUACACAUCUAAUGCAAACUCUACUGACAGCACAAUGCGCUCUAAAUACCGACAAUUUAUAUCCACCCGACAGAACAUCGGAAAUUGUUUCGGAAAAUUUAAAUUUUGAUUUUAUAAUAGUCGGAGCAGGAACAGCAGGUUCUGCCCUAGCUAGUCGAUUGUCAGAGAAUAAAAAUUGGAAAAUACUUUUAGUUGAAGAAGGUAAAAAUCCAUCAGCUGUUAGCCAAAUUCCAGCAUUUAUAUUUACUCUAUUUAAAACCGAGGAGGAUUAUGGUUAUAAAACAGAACCAAGUGAUAAAUAUUGUCUUGGAGAAAUAGACAAAAGUUGUUAUUGGGCAAAAGGCAGGGCUCUAGGUGGCAGUUCAGCGAUAAAUGCAAUGCUGUAUAUGCGUGGUAAUCAAAGGGAUUAUAAUCAGUGGUCAGAAAUGGGAAAUACAGGUUGGAGCUAUGAAGAGGUUUUGCCUUAUUUCAAAAAAUCUGAGGAUUAUACACCGGAAUUUAUCGCUAAAAAUGGUAAUAAGUAUUUUGGUACCAAUGGUCCAUUACGGAUUAGAAAAUACAAUUACACAACUUCUUCUUUUCCUGAUGUGUUCACGAAGGCUGCUUGCGAGAUGGGAAUUCCAAUUUUGGAGACUUUUAAUGGAGAGAAACAAAUGGGUUAUGGAAAUGCUGAUGCUAACGUUGACAAUGGACAGAGAUACAGUGUGGGACAAGCUUUUCUCUCAGCAGCAAAGGAUAGGAAAAAUUUAUAUGUCAUGAAAUCGACAAAAGGAGAAAAAAUCAUUAUGUCAGGAAAUAGGGCAAUUGGUGUACAAUUAAAAUUAAAGAAUGGUAAAAUUUUCGAAGCUAAAGCAUCUAAGGAAGUAAUUUUAUCAGCUGGUAGUAUUUCCAGUCCACAAAUAUUAAUGCUCUCUGGAAUUGGUCCCAGUGAACAUCUUAAAGAAAUGGGAAUUAAAAAUAUUGUCAAUUUACCAGUGGGACAAAAUUUACAGGAUCAUACAGCGACCUAUGGAGUUUUAUUGAGUUUCACUAAUAAAACAGCACCUCCAGUUAAAUCUACAUAUAUUUUAGAUGAACUGCACAAAUAUUUAAUUCACAAAAGUGGCGAUUUAGCAGCAGUGGGUGGAAUAAAUUUUAUGGGAUUCGUGAAUGUUCAUGACAAAUUGGCAAAUUAUCCAGACAUUCAAUAUCAUCAUUUUCAUUUGCCAAAAGGACUAUUUAUCCAUUUAGAAUCUGUCAUUAAAGCACUUCACAUGUCAACUGAAAUUGGUAAUGAAUUAAGAAAAUUGCUACUAGCUGAUGAUCUUGUUUUUGUUUUGCCAACUCUUUUACAUCCCAAGAGUUUGGGAGAAAUUAAAUUACGCAGUUCAAAUCCAAAUGAUGUGGUGAAAAUCAUUUCUAAUCAAUUAACUCAUCCUCGUGACAUGGAGACGAUGAUUAAGUCUAUUAAAUUUUUCCGUUCAUUUUUAAAAACGAAAGCCUUUCGAGAAAUAGGAAUGAAAUUGGUGAAUUUUAAUAUUCCUGGAUGUAGACAUACAAAACCUGAUUCAGAAGAAUAUUGGAAAUGUAAUUUUCAACAUACAGGUACUACACUCUUUCAUCCUGUAGGAACGGCAAAAAUGGGUCCUAUUAAUGAUCCGGAAGCUGUUGUCGAUCCAAGACUAAGGGUUUAUGAAGUUGAAAAUCUAAGGGUCGUUGAUGCGUCAAUUAUGCCAAAAAUUCCCAGCGGAAAUACAAAUUCUCCUACGCUUAUGAUAGCAGAGAAAGCUGCCGAUAUGAUUAAGGAAGAUUGGAACUCAAAGAACGAAUUAUGAAUUUCUGUAAAUUAUUGGAAAACUUGAGACAUGAAAAAUUAAGACUAACAUUUUUUCUUUUUGUUUUCAGAAACCGGAUGAAAUUCUAAAAAAAAUGUCACCUAUUUUCUGCUAAAUAUAUUUAAGAGUAAUGUUCUCAAUUUGUAAAUUUAAUUAACGUUUUGUUUAAUAAUCUUUGGUUUGCUUUAAUUGUUUAUACUUCUAAAAUAAAUAUUUAAAAAUAA